AUGAUUCGUAGUGAUUUAUUACAUUUUUGUUUAAUAUUUCUUGUUUUUAUGUUUGGUUUUAUACAAGCAUUGCAUGUUUUAUUUGUUCGAAUUGAUUGCGAUAAUGAUUUUGCUACUGUUAUUGAAACAUUUUUUCAUAUGUUUUAUGUGACACUUCAACAAGUUACCGGUGCUUAUGAAAAACUUCAUCGGCAUCCAAUAUUUGCUAUUCAAAUCAUUGGAAAAUCUGAAGAACGUAUUGGCAUUGAAACUAUGCGUGCACUUUAUUAUAAACAAUUACGACGACAUUUAGAACCAGAAAUGACAUCCAUACAGUCGAAAGCAAAAUCAAUUGCUGUUAAUUCAUAA